CAGCACAAGGCCAGUCAUCGUCAGCCAUUCGUCGUAACUUGACGUCUCUGCACUCGACGAGAAAAAGAAAAUAAGUUGAAGCUCUUCGAGCUCCUGCUCGCAUUGCACAUCCAUUAGCUGGAUUAAAGUUCUUCACAAAGGACAAGUUUUCAAAGAUGCAGUUCAAGUGGCUUAUCGUCCUAGCCAUUACGGCCUGUCUGCUGUUGACUGUUGAAGCCCACGAAAAGAAGCGCAAACUUACCAAAAAGGUUAAGAAGAUUGUGGAUGGCAAAGAUGAGCAACCCGUUGAACAGUUGGACAUUCAAGACGCCAUCGAUGUUUUGCUUGAUGACGAAGUGGCCCUGAAGGAUAACCUUUGCGCCAAGAAACAUUGCGGCGCUGGAAAGGAGUGCCGCGUCAACGAAAAUGGUGUCGCCGAAUGUGUCUGCAUGGAUCACUGCCCCGAGGAGAAGGAUCCUCGUCGCAUGAUUUGCAGCAAUCAAAAUGAAACAUGGAAUUCCGAUUGUGAGCUCUACCGUAUGCGUUGCCUCUGCAAAUCCGGAGCGGCUGGAUGCGUCGAUCAGAAAUACGAUCACGCUCACGUUGAGUAUUUCGGCACCUGCCGUGAAGUACCACAAUGCACGCCGGAUGAAAUGGCCGAUUUCCCGCGCCGGAUGCGAGAUUGGCUCUUCAACGUCAUGAGGGAUUUGGCCGAUCGUCACGAUUUGAGUCCCCAUUUCUUGAAAUUGGAACGCGAAGCCGAAAAGGACAACAGCCGUCGAUGGGCCAAUGCAGCUAUUUGGAAGUUCUGCGACUUGGACGGUCACCCCCACGACAGGAAGGUGUCUCGUCACGAACUGUUCCCCAUUCGCGCCCCUCUAUUGGCUUUAGAGCACUGCAUCCAGCCCUUCCUGGACGGCUGCGAUGCUGAUAACGAUCAUUUCAUCACGCUCCAAGAGUGGGGCACAUGCCUGGAGCUCACCGAGGAGGAGAUUGAAGACAAAUGCGAUGACGUCAGAGAUGAAAAUAGCUUGUAAAACGUUUUGUUUUACCAAGGGUCGCUACUUAAAUUCUUCCUAAUUUCUAUCGACGGUCUUUUUAAUUAAUGCUUUCAAAGAAAAAAGACAAAUUUUCCAGUGAAAUUCAAAGUUGCCUUGUUUUACGACAACCCCCCCCCCCCCCAUGAAUAAAACUAUGAUAAACAAA